AUAGUUGCAGUUGCCAGCUGGAUUUUUGAUUGCCAGACAAGACUGAGCUUGUGGCUGUCAUGUAGGCUACAGAUAUGUUUGUUGAAAAUGGAGAAGGAAUUAAUCACAGAAAUGAGGAGAACUUCAGAACUAAGUGAAGAGUUAUUGAUCAAAGCAAAAGAAGAGCUUGGUGAAACUGAUAACAUUAGAGAAGAGAGUUUGAUUCUUAUAAAAGAGUGGAUUCAAACUCAAAUCAAUGAUUACUCCAAUUUAGAUGAUUUAUCAAUACGUUGGUUUCUCCGUGGCUGCAAAUUUGAUUCAAACAAAACAAAGGUUCGAAUUGAAACCUUUUACAGUUUCCGUUCUAAAGUAACUGAAUGGUACUCAAACAGGGACCCUUUACUCCCUGAACUCAUGGAGCUUCUGAAUCUUGGAACAAUCCUGCCUUUACCAGGACGUGAUGAUGAAGGAAGGAAGGUUAUUGUGAUUCGAGCAAGUAUCCAUGAUCCUUAUAAACACAAGCAAGAUGAUGUACUCAAAAUCAUGAACAUGGUUGUAGAACUUUUGUGCCGUGAUGACGAAGCCAUAUCUGUCACGGGUGUGGUUUGUAUUGUGGAUUUGAAAGGGGUUGGAAUGGGUCAUGCGAUGCAAAUGACACCUUCGAUGAUUCGUAAAGCAGUGAAUUCAUGGCAGGAUGUGAAUCCAAUUCGCACCAAAGCAAUGCAUUACAUUAAUACUCCCUUGAACGUUCAUGUUAUAAUGAACAUUUUCAAAACAUUCAUGAAAGAAAAGUUACGCCGUAGAUUGCAUUUACAUCGAGGUGAUGUCAAAAAAGUUCUCGUUUCCCUCAUUCCUUGUGAUAUUUUGCCACCAGAAUACGGCGGUCGCGGACUCUCAGUCGAAUCUAUAUCAAAUGAGUGGAAAGAACGUGUCAUAUCGAACAGAGACUGGUUCAUGAACCCAGAAAAGCACGGACCUUUUUCUCCAUUCUGAAUGUUUGACAGUAUGUUUUUUGUUCGAUUCCAUUAAGACAAUUUAUUAUCUACAUUACUCUUACUGCUACCAGUGUUCCAAAUAUAUAUUGUGCAUUUGGUAUAAGAUAUCAUGCGGGGGAGAAAUCAGGGUUUUUUUUUAGUAUGAUUCUCUGUGUGUCUUUGAAAUUGCUUGAAAAAUACCCGAUGUUUCUUUAUUGUGUUUUAUCAUGGCUUUCGUUCGUAAUACGACUACACGAUUUAAAAACAUUA